UUUUAUGUGAAACAGUGUUUAUGGUUUUAAAGAGAGAAGGGUUGAGCAGGAAAUUGUGUGUUGAGAACUGAGAAGCCGAAAGCAGAAGAAAGAAACAUGUCUCUUGAUCCUUUGGUCCAUGUGGCUCUCUUGCCCAGUGCUGGAAUGGGCCAUCUCACACCAUUUCUGAGGUUAGGUGCUACGCUUCUCCACCAAAAUUGUCAUGUCACCCUCAUCACUCCUCAACCUUCAGUUUCAAAAGCUGAAUCAGAACUCAUAUCUCGGUUCCUCUCAGCAUUCCCUCAAGUAAAUCAACUCAAGUUUCAUCUUCUUCCUUUUGACGGAGACAUUUCCGUCAACGACCCUUUUUUCAUUCAGUUUGCAACUGUUCGUAGCUCCUCACACCUUCUACCUCCUUUGCUUGCCUCGGUUUCACCACCUUUAUCUGCUUUUAUCUAUGACAUGACGCUUAUUACCCCUCUUCUUCCUAUUGUUCACACUCUUGCCGUACCUCAUUACAUCUUAUUCACUUCUUCAGCUGCCAUGUUCUCUCUCUUCUCUUACUUCCCUACUGUGGCUUCAUCUGGUGUUGAUGAUGCUGUUGAGAUUCCAGGGGUCUUAACCUUACCUAGAACAUUGAUCCCUCAUUUUCUUCUGAUCCCUGACCACCCCUUUGCUAAAAUUUUCAUGGAAGAUGGUCCUAAGGUCACCAAAACACAUGGGGUUUUCAUCAACAGUUUUGAAGGAGUAGAAGCACAGUCUCUUGAGGCUCUUAAUGGUGGGAAAGUGGUGAAAAAUUUGCCGCCAGUUCAUGCAGUUGGUCCUUUUGUGCCUUUUGAGUUUGAGAAGCUUGCCCAAAGGGAAGCACCAAUAUAUAGCUGGCUUGAUGAUCAGCCUAGUGGAUCUGUGGUGUAUGUUAGCUUUGGAAGCAGAAUAGCCGUGGGAAGGGAGCAAAUGAGAGAGAUAGGAGAUGGGUUGGUGAGAAGUGGAUGUAGAUUUUUGUGGGUGGUGAAGGAUAAGAAAGUUGAUAGGGAGGAGGAAGAAGGGUUAGAAGCGGUGUUGGGGCUUGAGCUUGUGGAGAGGAUGAAGGAGAAGGGAUUGGUGGUGAAAGAAUGGGUGGAACAAGGGAAGAUUCUAGAACACAAAGCUGUGAGAUGGUUUGUGAGUCAUUGUGGAUGGAACUCAGUGAUAGAGGCUGCAUGGUAUGGUGUGCCAAUCAUGGGGUGGCCUCAGAUUGGAGAUCAGAAGGUAAAUGCCGAAGUGGUGUCAAAGGGAGGGUGGGGUAUGUGGAAGAGAGAGUGGGGUUGGGAAGGAGAAAGAUUGGUAAAAGGGGAGGAAGUUGGAGAGGCCAUAAAAGAGUUGAUGAGUGAUGAAUCUCUUGUGAUCAAAGCUGAACAAGUUAAAGAAGCUGCAAGGAAGGCCAUCAGUGUAGGUGGUGGAUGCCUAGUUACUCUUCGGACACUAACUCAAGAGUGGAAGAAGAAUGGUAAGAACAUUUGAGAGUCAAUGAUGUUGAAUUUGGCAGUUCAAUAAGAAUUAGGACCCUUUGCUGAUUCCAUUUGCAUUAAUAAUACUGAAGACAUUGUUAAGACAAUAAACAAAGAUGGUGACUUUUUUUCUUCCUCUUUCUCCCAACAUUUUGUUCUUUCUAUUCAUCUAGUGACUGUAGGUGAAGGGAAAAAAUAGCACUUGGUUAUUUAUUAUUCAU